GCUCCAUAUGAGGUUUAAAAGAACAUGCUUCUUAACUAAAAGCACCAUUUAUGAAGGGAAUUAGGACCCAAUAUCUUCUCCUUCGAAACUUCAUCUCUCUAUCCAUUUCUCCGAUGUUGUUGUUGGUAGAAGCAAACCCUAGCACCUUUAGCUUUCUCAAACAUGGACUCUCCUAAAGAGAAUCGCAUACCGCCUGCCUCGUCAUCAUCUCCGACGGUUCAAGAAUCUGCUUUAUUCAAUUACCUUACAAAUCUGUCUCCUAUAAAGUCAGUUAAGGGAGCAAGAUAUGUACAAAGGUUUUCACAAACUAACUUCUCUAUUCCUCAACCUGUGUUCACAUCACCCCGUGUAGGUCAACAUCGGCAAACAAGUUUCAUUAAAAGAGAGGAGAUAGAUCUAGCAGAUUCUGAUGUUUAUGUACAUGGUGAUGAUACCCAUUUGAAAUCUCAGCUGAUUCACUGCUAUCAAAAGGAAGACCAGUUAGUCAGUCCUUCUGAAUAUUUAGCUGAUCCUGCUGAGAUGGAAGAAAAUACAAAUUCAACUAGUCUGCAGGCACAACCACACAAUGAUAGGCCUAAGAUCUUAGAGACUGGUUUCACAAGUCAUGAAGAUACUACUAUCAAAAACGAUGAUCAUGACAACUCCAAUAUGUUUCUAGUCCCUUUUUCUGGAGCACAACAUCAUGAGCAGUUUGCAGUUCAGGCUGCAGAUGGUCAAGAUAGUAAAGAUAGUGGUAAUUAUCUGUCGUUUCAUCAACCCUUGCAGAGUGUUCAGGCAUAUAAGAAUUCUGCUGAGAGUUCAAGAUCAGUUCCAAGAGGAUCUUCUAAGGAGGCUGAUCAGCAUCAACGUGGUAUAAGACGCCAUCUUCAAUUUGGGGUCACCAUACCCUGCAAGCACACUGACAAUGACGCUCAUGAUAAUGCCAAUUUAAGCUUACCUGAACACGUCCCGAACUUUGAGAGUCUAGUUCCACAUCAAAUUGAACCAAGUGGGAUCUUCGGCAGUUGGCUGGCAGGCAGUCAUGCGCAGGCUAUAACUUUCCUGUCCUCCUUCUGCCCAUCUCAAUCUUUAAGAUCAGCUCAAAAUUGUGUAAACCAUGAUAUGUCUGCAGCUUGUACUCCAUCUGUUUUAGGUUUGCCUUCAAGUAGUUUCACAAUAUCUGGGUCUGUGGGAUCAGAUUCAAAGACAAGCAUGAUAUUGGCUUGUAAUCUGCAUGCACAAGAGGAGAAGCAAAUGCCUAAUAGGACCCAUACUUCAGCAAACGACUUGGCUAGUAUUUCAAUCUCAUCUGUUUCUGGGGAAAUCCAUGCUUGUAUGGACGAUGAUCAUCAGGAGAAUCAAGCUGCUGCAACACAGCAGGUAGUUCCAUAUGAGGGAAGGAUGAUCACUUCACAAAAUACUGACAUGGUUGAAGAGUUAUACCAAGCGAGCCCCAAACAAAGUAGAAAAAGAACAAAGCCCGUCGAUGACAGUGAGGGUUGCCGACGUUGCAACUGUAAGAGGUCAAAAUGCUUGAAACUUUAUUGUGAGUGCUUUGCAGCUGGAGUUUAUUGUGUACGCAGUUGCACAUGUGAAAACUGCUUCAACAGGCCCGAAUAUGAGGACACAGUUCUUGAUACACGACAACAAAUUCAAGCCCGUAAUCCACUUGCCUUUGCUCCAAAAGUUGUUAUACCUGGCAUGAAUUCUCCAGCAAACUUGCUGGAGGAUGGGAACUGGACGACACCUUCAUCAGCCAGGCACAAAAGAGGAUGUAAUUGCAAGAAAUCAAAGUGUCUUAAAAAAUAUUGCGAAUGUUAUCAGGCUAAAGUUGGAUGCUCCAGUGGAUGCCGGUGUGAAGGUUGUAAUAAUUCCUUUGGCAAAAAGACAGAAUCAAUAUACAGAAGUGCUGAAAAAUGGGAGAAUAUAUCUCAUGAGCAGUUGGAAACUUUGGAGAGUCCUGAUGGUUUUGUUAAAGCUGGGAGAGCUCAUCAGGUCUCUUCAACAUGGGAAGAACUAGCUGGUAUGAGCCAUAUGACUCCAAUGUUGCAUCAUCACUUAGGAGCAGUGGCUACUUCAGCUUUUCUGAAUAUAGGUGAUGGUUCGAAGGCUUCUCAAACUCAAGCACGUCAGGGAAGCACACCCCAGUCAUCAGCUGUUUACCUUCAUUGUCAUCAUUCACCGUCCAGUCUUACACCAAAGUCAUAUGGAACCGAGGCCCUGACUGAGAUAAGUUCAGACAGCCUUUUCUAUAACAUAUUGAAGGAGGAUGACACACCUGAGGCGCUCAAGUACACUUUUACCCCAACAAAGGCAGUGAAAGUUACUUCGCCAAAUCAGAAACGGGUUUCUCCUCCACAAAAUCGAUCACAAGAGUUAAGAUCAAGCUCUUCACAGGGAUUGCAAAGUGGGCGCAAAUUCAUUUUGCCAGCUGUGCCAUCUUUCCCUCCUCUAACUCCAUAUAGCAAGUUAAAAGAUGAAAACCAACAAACAGAUGGUGAUAAUCAAGAUAAUGCCAGCUGUCCAUGAGUGGUCUAAGAUAGUUUCAAUUAUUUGGAAUUGCAUUGCAUUUUUCGCAGAUUCUGGGCCUAUUUUGUUGAAGGCAGACAGGCAGCGAGUUGCAUGCUGCUUUUCCCAGGAUAUAUUCCAAGAAACUGCUGAUAGAGCCUGUCAUUAUCUCCAGGAUAUCUUGGAAGCAUUACUUCCAGCAAUGCUGCAAAAUUUUGGCCUUUUUUUACCAGUACAGGGUUAGGUUAAAGAUGUUGGCAGUUCAGUGAGAGUGCAUAUGUAAUUUAAUUACCAAUUGCAGUUCAGAGUUUAUAGUUUCAAGCAAUUUGCAGUUCCUGUUGAUCGCGCUGUAAACAUGGAAAAUAUUAUUCUCUCUGUUAGUUGCUCUACACCGGUACUAGUUAUUGUGAACAGUAUAUACGAAUGAAUGCAGCACAUUAGUGCUGUUUCUUCUCUCUA